CAUCAGUCCCAUAGUGCGUUGUCUUGGUAACUUCUCUCAUUUUGUCUCUCUCUCCCUUUCCACAUGUUUCUUCGUUUUUAGCGGCUUUAUUACAAUUGUUUUUUCAUUCUCCGGCAAAAAGCUCAACAGAUCGGACGCAAACGAAUAACGCUGCGGCUUUUUCAUAAGUUUUGUUAGUGCUACGCGCGCGCAAAUCAAAUCGCAGGAAUUGAAAUUGAUUUCCAUUGAAUUUCUAUUAAAUUGAAUUGGCAAAAAUUCGUUCGAGUGUCAAAAACCAAUUGAUUUGUGUGUGAGUGUGUGAAAGUGAGCUUAUGAGUGCGUGAAAAAAUGCAAUAGUCCAAAAGCGGAAAAUAAGUAAAGAGGAAAACAUCAACAAUGCCAAUUUAAAACAGACCGAAAAAAGAAGAAGAAGAUAGUGAGAUAAAAGUACUACACAAAAAAAAAAAGAAGAAAAAUAUAAAUAAAAAUUCCUGUUUUAAGCGAUAGAUAUGCAGAAAAUAGCAACAACAAAUAUGCAGCAGUCAACGGAUCUUGACUUUGAUUUCCAGAUGCCGUGUCGCUAUUUCAAAAGUUCUUUUGCGCGUUCGCUUUCGCUGAAUAACAGCAGCAACAACAACAACAGCAACAAUUCCUUGACAUUGCCCAAGAAACCGCAAACAAACGAGGCCAAACAACAACAGCAACUACAACAAGUAGAAGUGGAGAACCAGGAAUCACUAGAAAGAGACAGCGAACAGGAUUCCCCCUGCUCUACACCGCCACCGGCUCUUCCAGCACGUCGUCACACCGCCAACAUGAUACACUUUGGCGCCGCUAAUCAGCUGCUCUCCGCUCUGCCACCCAGCCACCCUCCGCCUCCUCCUCCGCCACAUGCCACUCAGCAGCAUCCACAGCCACAACCACCGGCACAAUCCGCCAGGAAUCUCAAUCUCGUCUGGCCAAUGCAGCCGACACAUCAGCAGGAUUCCAACAUCUUGGCCGCACCCAGCCACCACAUCUAUGACUUGCCACAGCAGUUGCAGCCACAUCAUCACCAGCACCAUAACCAACAACAGCAACAUCAACUAAAUGUCGAGGCUGUCAUAUUGCAGAAUCAGGUGGAUACAUUGCAUUGGCAAUUGAAACAGACCGAAACCAAUUGCGAGAUGUACCGAGCGGUGAUGGAGGAGGUGGCACGCUUUUUCGAACGCUACCAGGUCCAGCAACAGCUCCAGCAGACCCAUCGUAAUGGUGAACAGAUUGCUCGCUCCAAGAGUCUACAUCAUGUCCAUGGCGUGGGCAACACCUCCCUGCAGAGCGAUGUUCAUGAUGAUGACGCCUCGAGUGCCGGAUCUGCAUCAUAUCUACGCGCCCGGAGCAGUACCAAUUUGAUGUUGAAUAAAUCAAUGCAUGCCAUGAAUGAGGAGCAUAAUUACGAGACGAUUGCACCAGCUGGAAGCUAUAAUGCCUUCAAGGAUUUUACCUGGCGCCGUUCGCCGAAGAAAUCCGGAGGCAGUGGCGGCUGCAAGGCGCGUCUAUCAGCUCCGGAGGCUGCCGAGGAGAAGCUAAACCAGGAGGCUUUCAGAUUGGCCAGAACCAUCAGAAAUCUGCUGCACACGUCGGAACAGCAACCGGAUCUCACACAGCCGCGUCACUCGUUGGCCUCCAUUUCCUCGCUACCCUCGGGAAAUCAUCGUCUGUGCAAGGGAAAAACCAGUUCGGUGAUGACAUUGCUGACGCCACCAUUGCACAAUUCCACCAGCAUCAUGAAUGCCACUCUGGAGGCGUCUCCGGCGUCACCGGCUGGGAAAUCCAAUGCGGAAUUGAUCUUUCUGCGGGCCAACAAUAUGCGAGACUCGAGGCUAUCGCUGCGCAGCUCCACCGACAGUUCCGUGCAUUCCACCAUUUCCUCGACGGCAUCCUCUUCCUCGAAAGUGGAAACGGACGAGGAGACCCAGACCCAGACCACCGCCAGCAACAUAGCCAUCAGCAAUAGUAAUAUCAAACCCACCAGUAAUAAGCAGAGCGGCGGUUCUAGUACCGAAGAUGAGAGUGGCUUCAGUUCGAUUAGCUCCUUUCACGAUGUCGGCUUGCCUUUGAGUUCCACCUUGAUGAAUGGUAAUCAAAGACGUUUGUCCAUGUCCACGGAUAGCAGGAAUUCCACCCUGAAAUCUGGCUUGAAUAUGCUGGGAUUGCCUAUGCAAAAUCAGACUCAAAUUCAAGUUCAGGUUCAAGCUCAGAUUUCCAGCAGUGCAUCGCCCUCGAAAACCUAUCGCAAUGCGAAUCGCUAUCAGCGCUUUUCCACUUUAUCAAACGAAGAUGCAGCCGCCGUAUUGUGGGUCUAGAUGGGUGGAAAAUUCUGCUAACGAAAUCACUUUUCAACAUUGAUUUAACUUUCGAAAAUAAGUUCUGAAACUUUAUUUAAUUUUUAUAAACCCCUGUAGAUUUUUAGUUUCGUUUUUCUCUAGUGCCUCCGCUUAGUGUUUAGUUCAUCACUUUUAAAGAGUGUUUAAUUUUAAAACUUAUAUUUUAUCAUUUACUUUUUUUUAAGAACAAAGCGCGCAUUUCUAUGUUAAUAAUAUGUACAUUUUUCAUAAUUCUUAAGUUUUUCAGUAUUUAUAAAUGAAUAAAAAUAAUUUAUAUCGUAAAUAA